CAUAACAUUAUUCAAUAGUCAAACAUGACAUAGGACAUGUCGAGAAAUUUUUUCUCCAACUCAAAUUUGCCUUGCUACAUAUUAUUUCUUCACCAGUCUUCAGUUUUUUCCGAUUUUUAGUUGAAAUGCAGCCAAUACCUUCCUGCAACGUGGUGGCGAUGCCUUAUCCCGGCCGUGGCCAUAUCAACCCGAUGAUGAACCUCUGCAAACUGGUGGCCGGAAAUAGCAGUAGUAUUUUAAUAACCGUCGUACUGACCGAGGAAUGGCUCGGCUUAAUUGGCUCCGAAACCAAGCCGGAUAACAUUCGCUUUGCCACUAUUCCAAACGUCAUACCGUCGGAGCAUGGCCGAGGAGUCGAUCCACGUGGCUUUGCCAUGGCUGUGUGGAGUAAAAUGGAAGAGCCUUUCGAACGGCUCUUGUCCGAGCUUCAGCUUUCUCCGACUCUUGUUAUCGCCGACGUUUUCGUUCCUUGGGCGGCUGAUGUAGCUUGUAGAAGGAAUAUUCCGGUGGCUUCAUUCUGGCCGAUGUCCGCGUUGAUAUUUUCGGUUUUUUACCAUUUUGACCUUCUCGUUCAGCACGGCCACCACCCGGCCAAUUCAGUGAAUGGAGACGAAAUUGUCGACUACAUUCCAGGGCUCUCUCCUAUUCGUGUAUUGGAUCUUCCCACAAUUGUGAGAAGUCGAGAAGACUCCGAACGAUUCUUGAAAGCCACUUCGCAGGCAUUUCAUAAAUCCCGAUAUCUUCUAUUGAAUUCUGUUUACGAGCUUGAAGCUGAAGUCAUUGAUACUCUAAAGGCUAAUGCUCCGUAUCCAAUCUAUACGAUUGGCCCUGCAACAACAUAUCUCAAAGUUAAAGACAUAUACUCCACCACGAGCAACGCCAUUAAUGCUGACAUUAACUACUUGAAGUGGUUGAACAUUCAACCUCCAAACUCGGUCUUGUUUAUUUCUUUAGGUAGCUUCCUUUCUGUUUCGAACUCCCAAAUGGAUGAAAUUGUAGCCGGAUUGUGCAUAAGUGGAGCCAGUUUCUUGUUGGUGGUGCACGGUGAAACACCUAAGUUAGAAGAGAGUUGUGGAGGAAAAGGUUUGGUGGUGCCUUGGUGUGAUCAAUUGAGUGUACUCUGUCAUCCAUCUGUUGGGGGUUUCUUGUCACACUGCGGGUGGAAUUCUACAAAUGAAGCUAUUCUAGCAGGCGUUCCUUUGCUUACGUUCCCUAUUUUGAUGGAUCAAGUUCCAAAUGCUAAGAUGAUUGUCGAAGAUUGGAAAAUUGGAUGGAGGGUGAAGAGAGAAUUCGAGGAAGAAAACUUGGCAAAACGAGAUGAAAUUGCACUUCUUGUGCAGAGGUUUAUGAACUUAGAGAGUCGAGAGAGGAAACAACUUACAGAAAAGGCUAAAAAUAUUCAACAAGUUUGUGAUAGAGAAUUUGCAGAUGGUGGAUCAUUCCGAGAGAACCUUGACGCCUUUACUAACUCAAUUCUACAAUACCAUAAUGAAAAUCAUUGCUAACUUUCACUGGUGAAGAAUGAAGUUUUCAGACUUGAUACUCAAAUUACACGUGCAUUGUAUUUUGCAGAUUUCUAUACAAUAAUUUGAAAUGUGUAGCUGAAUACCCAUUGAAGCUUUGUUAUUAAUCUAUGUUUAAUAAUUCAAGAAUUUGUUGAUGUUUCAAUCGGAUAUGUUCAUUAGCAAAGAGUUAAUUAGA